AUGGCUUCAUCCCUGGGGUCCGACGAUAAUGCCUUCCAGGUUUUGAUUAAUGUAUCAAACGAUGAUCCAGCUCAUUUGCAAUCACUCUAUGAAAACCAUCGCGUUGGCCGGAAUGAACAACAACGCGCCAAAAUCCUGGCAGAAAGCUUUCCCGGUUGGAGUCUAGACGAAAUUCUCAAGCGGCUGGAUGGCCCUGAAAAGGAAGACGGCUUUAUGGAUCCUCGGAACUGUCUUGUCAUUUGGGCCAGACCCUCACCUCCGGUUCAGGACCUGAUAUCGUUUGUGCAGUGGUCAUGCCAUAUUGGUGUAGAAGAUAAGCUUAUAGUCAUGGCAGCACUAUGGCUUAUGCCCCUGGAGAAUCUACACACAACAGUCUUGGAAGUAGCGCAUUCCCUUACGGAGACUCAAAUCGAGGACCUCGUUCAAACACUCCAAUCUUCCCAAAAUGUGACGGGCCCACAGAUCGCUGAAUAUCCACUCACUCAUCGUGCACGCCUCUUAAAGCCAAUGGUGAGCUUUGAUGCUUCUGCAAUGGCACUCAGCUUCGUCCCAGCAGCUGGCGAGGGAUUAGACGCUUAUGAUGACGGUGAUAACUACACAUAUCACCAUCUUCGUCGCGAUAUCUUCGACAUGACUCGGCAGACCGGUCUUCCUGUUGUUUCGCGGUAUAUUGUUCCCUCGGCGCAUCUGACUAUUGCGCGGUUCAUCACGCAAAAUGGGUUUUCUGCGAUGGGGACUAAUGGAGUAGAGCAAGUUGACCGGUCGCAGGUGAAUUUGCUGGUUAAUAGAAUUGAUGUGAUCAAUCAGAAGCUUCAAAAUGAGUACUGGCCGCAAAGCAAUGGGAGUAUCAAGGCGGGUGGAGAGUGGAUCGUUGGAAAGGAUAAUGGGCUGGUGAUUCGAAGGGGCCGGCUUUGGUAUGGUGGUGGUGAGACUGUAUCUUUUGACAGGAGUGUCUGA